AUGAAAAUGCAACAAUGCAGGAAACCAGGACACAGCCCCUACCAUUACCUGGAAUGGUGCAUAUUUGCCAUGAGCUGGUCACAAAAUUAUGACUUCUACUAAGGUGCCUCUGGGCCUGAGGCAGUGCAGGACUGCUAUAAAAGGCAGCCCAAGUCUCUGUGCUCUCAUCCACUUCUCUCAGCUCCUUCUCUUCAGGAAUCAGGUGCACCUGUGACCCCGAGCCAUGUCCUGCUGCAACCCUUGCUGCCAGCCCUGCGGCCCCUGCCCGCUGGCCAACAGCUGCAAUGAGUGCUGUGUCAGGCAGUGCCAGAGCUCCACCGUCGUCAUUGAACCAUCACCUGUGGUGGUGACCCUGCCUGGCCCCAUCCUCAGCUCCUUCCCACAGAACACCGCCGUGGGAUCCUCCACCUCCGCUGCCGUUGGCAGCAUCCUCAGCUCUGAGGGAGUGCCCAUCAGCUCCGGGGGCUUUGAUGUCUCCUGCAUCACCAACUGCUAUGGUGGCAACAGAUGCCUUCCCUGCUAA